GCGGCGUAAACAACGCUGACAUCGAUGAAAGAGACACUGCUUAACCGAGAAAAAUAAACUUAGACUGGAAAUAAACGGAGUAUGCUUUCGGUAGGAAGAUUUGCUCUCGGUGUGGAAACGAUUAAAACUCCGUCUUGUGUACUUCUCGGUGAUGCUUAGCCGCUCGUUUUGGCUAACUUUUAGCCAAAUGUGCUAACUUAGCCGAAAAGUGAGUUUGCAGAGAUGCACUGUAUCGUAACGGGAGGAAACGUGAAAGUACUGGCCAAAGCCGUCCAUUCUCUGUCCAGGAUCGGCGAUGAGCUGUAUGUUGAGCCUCAGGAAGAUGGGCUGGCCCUGCGGUCUGUGAACUCCUCUCGGUCGGCUUAUGCUUGCUUCCUGUUCGCACCACUCUUCUUCAGCAGGUACUCCACUACUAGUGGGGAUAACUUCCGCUGCAAGAUGGCAAUAAAGAGUGUACAGUCUGUGUUCAGAUCUCUGACAACUUUGGAGAAGACAGUGGAAAAGUGUCACAUUGAUCUCGACAAACAGAAGGACCGUCUCACCUUCACCCUGCACUGCAAGCACGGCCUACUGAAGACACAUAACCUGUCUUUCCAGGACAGCGAGAGCCUGCAGGCAGUGUUUGAUAAGGACAGCUAUGCCAAUGUAUUCAAAGCCCAGCCCAGGCUGCUGGUAGACACAGUCAUCCAUUUUCCUCCAUCUCUGGAAGAAGUGACUGUGUCAGUGAGUGAUGAACGGAUGUGGGUCAGGAACCAUGUGGAGGAAGAAGCAGAGGCGUCCAAAGCCAUGCUGACCGAGCUGUGUUUGGCUUCAGACGAGUUUGAUCAUUUUGCUGCCCAAGUUCACAACAGUGUGACUUUUUGUCUGAAGGAGUUGCGGGGUUUACUAGUGUUUGCAGAAUCAACUGGCCUCCCUGUUUCUAUGUACUUGGAUGAGCCGGGCAGCCCUGUGGUGCUUUCAGUAAUGGACAGUGUCCUGGAAGGAAACUUUGUGCUGGCCACGCUUUCUGAUGAUCCCAGCCUUCGUAAAAAUAGCAGCAAAGGAGCGCACACAGCAGCUCCACCCCCUCCCGAUGACUUCAUGAAUGAUGACAUGGACUCCUAUCUAAUCGCCAUGGAUACCAGUAUUGCGCCAGGUCCCUCAAACACAGGUCCACCCCCGCCUUCAUUAGCUGAUGACACACGUUCAAAACGGCCUGCAGCAGUCAGCCACAAGGCAAGGAUACUCAUCGAGGAGGCAGAAGAAGAAGAAGAAACGGAUGAUCUAGACAGACUACCUAAUAAAAAGUUUCGGUCGCUCUUCUUUGGAUCGGUGCUUCCCCCGUCGUCUCAGUUGAGCACACAGCCGAUGACUUCUCAAGAGGUGCUGGCCAGCGACAGUGAGGAAGAAACUUAGAUAACUGCAGGCUGAUGGGCUAGAGGAGACAUGGACUAAACUGACAGUGGGUGCAUGUGCGUGCACUGUUAAACAAAGACACCUGGAGUACUUGAAGAUAAAGAAAUGAACACAAAUGUUCAUCCUUACUGGCCAGAACAAGUAGUACCUGGACCUGGUUAAAUAUGCAGAGGCCACCAGUACACUAAAAAUGCCUCUAAAGUCUCAAUAUGUGAAACUAGACAUGAAGCAAUUCCAAUUUAUUUUUAUUUUGUGUUUGCCCAGUUUGUAAUUAAGGUGCAGUGUAAAAAGUCCCACCGAAUAAAGCAAACUUAUGAUUCAA